AUGAGUCUUCUUAUGAUUAGUGAGAAUGUAAAGUUGGCUCGGGAAUACGCAUUGCUGGGAAACUAUGACACUGCAGUGGUCUAUUAUCAGGGAGUUCUUGAUCAAAUGAACAAGUAUCUAUACUCAGUCAAAGACACAUACCUCCAGCAGAAAUGGCAACAGGUUUGGCAGGAAAUAAAUGUGGAAGCUAAGCAUGUUAAGGAUAUCAUGAAAACACUAGAGAGCUUUCAGCUGGACAGCACUCCCUUGAAAACCACACAGCAUGAGCUUCCAGCUUCUGAGGGAGAAGUCUGGUCCUUGCCUGUACCUGUUGAACGGAGACCCUCACCAGGACCUAGAAAACGCCAGUCUCCUCAGUGCAGUGACCCUAAAACACACGGUAACCGCCCAAGUACAGCUGCCAGAGCUCACCGUCCAUCUGCCCAAAAUCUUCACAAUGACAGAGGGAAAACUGUUCGUUGUCGAGAAAAGAAAGAACAGAAUAAAGGAAGAGAGGAAAAGAACAAAUCACCUGCUGCAGUUACAGAACCAGAAACAGCUAAAUUUGAUAGUACAGGAUAUGAUAAGGACUUAGUAGAAGCUUUGGAAAGAGAUAUAAUUUCUCAGAAUCCCAAUAUUCGAUGGGAUGAUAUCGCAGAUUUACUAGAAGCCAAAAAGUUGCUGAAGGAAGCUGUGGUUUUGCCUAUGUGGAUGCCAGAAUUCUUUAAAGGCAUUAGGAGACCAUGGAAAGGAGUGCUGAUGGUUGGCCCACCUGGCACAGGAAAGACCCUCCUUGCUAAAGCAGUAGCUACAGAAUGCAAGACAACAUUCUUCAAUGUCUCCUCAUCAACUCUUACUUCCAAAUACAGAGGAGAGUCUGAGAAGCUGGUUCGUCUUCUAUUCGAAAUGGCUCGAUUUUAUUCUCCAGCCACCAUAUUUAUUGAUGAGAUAGAUUCCAUUUGUAGUCGCAGAGGGACUUCUGAAGAGCACGAAGCAAGCAGAAGGGUGAAAGCCGAGCUGCUGGUUCAGAUGGAUGGUGUUGGAGGUGCUUCUGAAAAUGACGACCCUUCCAAAAUGGUUAUGGUUCUGGCAGCUACUAAUUUUCCUUGGGAUAUUGAUGAGGCUUUAAGACGACGUCUUGAAAAAAGAAUCUAUAUUCCAUUACCAUCAGCAAAAGGCAGAGAGGAGCUAUUACGGAUAAGUCUACGAGAGCUGGAGUUGGCUAACGAUGUUGACCUUGCAAGUAUAGCAGAAAACAUGGAAGGUUAUUCAGGUGCAGACAUUACCAACGUGUGCAGGGAUGCAUCUUUGAUGGCAAUGAGAAGGCGUAUUGAGGGUUUGACCCCAGAAGAAAUCCGAAAUCUUUCAAGAGAAGAAAUGCACAUGCCUACAACUAUGGAGGAUUUUGAAAUGGCUUUAAAAAAGGUUUCUAAAUCAGUAUCUGCUGCAGACAUUGAAAGAUACGAGAAAUGGAUAUUUGAGUUUGGAUCAUGCUAAAUUUUCACAUGUAAACUGUGAGGAAACCUGCCUUAAGUAUUUGAAUAAUAAUUAAAUGUAGUAUUUCAUUACA